AUGCCUAUUCGCAAUCCUUUUCGCCGUGCGGGUGUGCCUGAGGCCGUCGAUGAGGCCCAGCGGAGCGCGCCGGAGAACGGUUUCAAGAGCACAGCUGUCUCGGGCGCCACGCCCCUGCAGGUCAAGGACCCCCCAUCCCCACAGCACGAGAAGCCCACGUUUUGGCACUCCAAGUCCAACGUCUCUACCACAUCCUCAAAUCACCGGAGCCUACUCAGCGAAAACGAGCCGUUUAGCAUUUCGCGCGAGAGUUUCGACUCGUAUAGGAGGUCAUUUGACAUCUCCGCGCGCUCCCCAAUCCAAGACAAUGUCCACGAAACAUACCCUCGUCAGUCGCUCGAUGCGCGCCGCUCCGUAGAUACCAGACGUUCUCUCGAUGUCCGCCGUUCGCGCGCCACACCCCGCUCGUCGAUGCAACAACCCCGCCAUAGCGAAAGCCACGAGCAAGUACCCGAGGAGGGGUUCGAGGAAGUUGGCUUGAACGACGAGCCGAAGCCCCAACCCAAGAAGCGCAGCAUCUUCUCGCGCUUCGGGGACAACAACCAUGCGAACGAGAAGACGGAAGAGCGACCCAGCUCGAGCCAUCACUUCUCUUUAACAGGCCGGAAGAGGGCUGAGAGCGGAGCGGGCUCGGAGCUCAAGCCUAUGCCAAAGCCAUCAUUUGAGGCGCCCGUGGAGUCGCGAUGA